CGACUGGAUAUGUGCAUAGUGUGUCAGGAAUGUCAGGAUUUGCAGACCUUGAACAGGGUCCCAUACUAUAUCACAGAAAAGACUCUGUCCUGAAUGCUGAAUUGGAUGAGAAUGACAAUCUUCCAGACACUCUUCCAAUACAAAUAGGAAGACUACAGCAGCUCCGUGCUGCUAAGCAGCACCUUGAUGAUGAGCUGCCAAGAAUGAAUAGCAUUCAUUCAGACAGUAGUGGUUUUGGGGAUGCUGAAGUCAUUGGAGAGUGCACCACUCAAGACACACUUUCUCAAAGGGUUAGCCAUCUUGGUAGCAGCUGUGAGAGCAGCACUACUCAGAAAAGCACCUGUACUCUGGUGAACAACAUGGUCGUUGAGCAUUCACCGCAUGACUUGCCCACGCUGCCAAAAUUUCCGCUAAUGGAAGGUAAAGAAAAUGUAGAGCCUCUACAGACAUCAGAUGGUGCAUCAUUCAAGCAACAUCAAGCAAAGGAUGGUGCCCGCUACAUAUCUUGGUGUUAUGUCCCUCUACAAAGGCGAGCAGACAACUCCUCUACACAGACUGAAAAGCGGUUAUCUGGCAGCAAAGCUUUUGUUCUUGGCAAAACCAGGGUCUCUGUGGUGGUUCCUAGCAAUGACAAGCCAGUAAAUAUAGCAGUGGCUGGUGUUCUAAAAAAGUCAGGUCAUCAGGUGAAAAAUGAAAGCUCUUUGUUCACAGAAUUGACUUUGGCAAAUGCACACAGAGGUGAACAGCUGAACACACCUCAUCAUGCUGCUGCAGCAUCAGUGCUCCCUCCAUCUGUCUUACAAUCAUCAGGAGAUAAUCUAGAAGCUGUUGAUGAUAUCCAUGGCAGAGAAGAUGAGUUUGAGGAGUCUGUACGUGCUUCAUGGUGGCACACAAGUGACCCAUCUGAGCCAUUGAGGCAUACAGUUUACAGCAAGGAGAAAAGACAACAAAGACACUGCUUCUCAGAAGGAGAUGAGGUGGAUGGUGGGUCAGCUGCAUCACUAGGGCCAAGUAGUGUUUAUUCCUGUGCAUCCACCAAUGAGAGUAUAACUAGUGGUGUGGGCUCCGAUGUGCUAGACUGCCAGAAACUGAUGAAGCUCAUCAAUCAACCCACUAGCUUCAAGGGAAGAAAAACCUGUUUUGUCCACUAUAAGCCCAAGAGACAUAUGAGAGACUGGCCAAAUUUAGUCAAGAAAAAGCGACUGCAAGAAGAAACUCGACUGGCACAGUAUGCUGUGCAAAAAUUUAAGACAGAACUCAGCAUUAUGGAGACUUCCCUGAUGGUCAAGUACCAGAUGGCUUAUGAUGAAAUGAGUCAAGCAGAUAGGGAAGAUGUGGAGGAGGUCCAGUGCUUGUGGGGAGAGGUUCGACAGCAAGUGACAGAAACAGAACAUCUGUUGUCAGCCAGAAUGAAAGCAGUCAGCAAUGGCAAUGACAGUUUUAGUUUUCUUGCACACAUCGAUGUUUUGCACAGGUUGAUGGAUCUCCUCAAAGAACAGAUGUUUCAAAUCCAGACAUCUUGCACUAGGGAAGAGGAAGAAGAGGACAUGCAACGACUAGCAGAGGAGCAGAGUUAUGGAAGUUUGUUUCAGAACAGACAUGCCAGCAGCUGGGCUGACAUGGUUCAUCCACCCUUCAUGAAGGGAGGCUUCUCUUCCUCCUUGUCAUACCAGUCUUUACUCAGUCCCCAUUUUCCAGCUGCACCAUAUCAGGAGCUGCGAAACUCCCUUCUGUCUGAGGUUAGACAUGAGCUGAGAAAUAGUUUACAACUGCUGCAGUUUGAUAUAAAGGAGAGGGAAAGUGAAAUCCACCGCCUGCAGUCCCAGCUACUGGCCAGAAAGUCAAAAUUUAGUACUCCACGGUCACAGAGUGGCUUGAGGUUUCCUAGACGAGAAACAAAUGUCUGAUUAUGAUCACAAGGUGGCGAAAUUUCUUUGAUGAGAAAUGAAGAUCUGAUGAUGGUUCAAGAAAUACCUUUUUUUUUGUGUGUGUGUGUGUGUGCACCACUUUCUUACAGAAGCCAGUCUCAGAUAAUAGUGUCAAAACGUACCCUUUCCACUGUGAAGUUCUACCUAGUGUCUACCAGCAUAUGAAAGUACCGUACUGAUACAGUUUGAAUGGAAGAAUAUGGUAUAGUUCAGCAAGCAGAAAUAGAGAAUCAUACUGGCACUGCGCUUGUGGAAGCUAAGUGGAUGGAAUAUUCACUAGUAAUGCACUAUUGAGAAUCUGUUCCUUCUAAGAAAGGAAAGGCUUGAGUGUUUGUCUGUGAGUUCAUGGGCAUGGACAUCAUAAAGGUCACAGUUCAUGUAUAAUAAUAAUAAAUGCAAAAUUUGUAAAGCGUAUACUCACACUCCUAAGGAGUAUGCUCUUUGCGCCAAAGAACAGGAACGAAACAUGGACAGCAUAUAAGGGACUGGAAAAUAAAUAACCUAUGAUCUAUAAAAAGAAUAACAACAGUACUAAUGAAGAAUAAAAUCAAAACGGAAAGAGGACCCAAAUAACAACAAGAGCAACAUAAUAUUGCAGAAGGAAGGGUGUAAAAAAGGACUGACAUUGUGGGAAAGAUUGUUAGGAGUAAUGUUUACGGAAGAGAUGCGUUUUCAGUGCACGUUUAAAGAAUUCAAAAGUGGGUAGGUAACAGCUAUGGAAAAGGAGAGAGUUCUACUGUUUCGCUGCACAAUAACUAAAACUCCUGUGGCCAUAUGUUGUUAUUCUGGUGACAGGAAGAGUAAGAAGAUGAUUAUCAGACGAGGAGCAGAGUUGUCGAGCUGGAACGUAAGGGAAGAGCAGUUCAGAGAAAUAAUCAGGGCAGGUGCCAGCAAAAAAAUUAAAACAGCAUGGACAGUGUGUACCAGAGGCGACAACUGAAUAAUGUAUAACUGAAUAAAGAAAUUGUUUUGUGAGCUAUCAACAAAGCAUUAGUGAUACUUAUAUGUGAUAAUUAUAAUGAUCGUCUUUAUUUUGUAUUAGUUUUUUUAUAAUUGUUGUUGCUGCAUUUGAUUAGUGUGAGUUGUAGAGCAAUGCAAGAGGCACAUGACCUGGAUUUAAGAUGAUGCUAUUAAUCCUAGACUAGUCAUCUUCUGGUAUAUGUCUAUAUAUAGCAAAAGAAAUGGUUGUCCCACCUUUGUCUUUGUUUUAGAACGUAAUGAAAUAUUUCUUUCCUCUUCCCUUCAAGGAAGCAUGCUAAAAUAGUAUUAAAUGGUUCAACUGAACCUAGUCAUCUUUGAUUCUAAAUUUAAAUAUUUUAAGCUCAUUGUGUCAGUGAAGGUAACAAGAUGUUUGUUAAAAAGUAUAAAUUACAAUUUUACAUUGGUAUUUAAGAAUUUUAAAGGCAUGUAAAAUAUCAGCAUUCAGACAAGAUUCCCUUUUCACUCCUAGUUGUAUUAUUUAAAUCACAUUUUACCUAAAUGUAAGAUGCUCAAGUGUCUUACAGAAUGUGCAGCCAUUUGCAGAUGCAGAUCCAUUUGAACAAUUAUCUUUACUCAUACACUUAAUCUAACUGCUACACAGGGUAUCAUGUCUCUGCAUGGAUAUUUGCUUUGGCCUUAUUAUUAGACAGGGUUAGCUUUAUUUCUUCACAUCCUUGACCUCUCUUAAAACGUUCUUAUUCCCAUUACUGUUACUUGUUUAUUGUGGUGGUGUUCUGUCCAUCGUCAGAAUAAUUUUUAUAAUAAAAAGCAGCAUAGCCUCACAGUCAUUACAAACUCUUUGGGUUUGCAUGAGCUGCAAAAUUUUGUAUUGUCUGUUAAUUGUGCUACGCACAUCAUCUGUGUUUUAUGCUUACAUGCUAGCCUUUUCCUAACAAGCAGCUCAGAGAACUUCUCUCCAUCUACCCAUAGCUUUUAUCUGCUUAGUGUUUCAGGCAAUAUCUCUGCAUCUUUGUUUUCUGAGGACUGAUGUUGUGUACUUCAUGUUUAAUGAUUGAUAUAUGCUUCUUUGCUUCAGAGUGGUUUUGCAGAGAUACUAUUUUUAUUUUGUGUGGAUGUCUGUCUGGUCAUUCAAGACUGUGUAAAGUGCAUAUGUGUUUGGUUUUGAGGAUCAGUUGGCUUUGUUACAAAAUAUAUUUAUAUGUUUGAUAGCAGAAAUGGAAGUAGUGUACCUGUAUGACUUGUGAUAAACUUCAAAAAUUUUAGAAUGCAACAAUUGAAAAUAAAAUUGUUUAUUAAAUUUAAAUGCCUCAUAUUUUAUUAGUACAGGUAUUUAAAAUAGUAUAUUUUGUUAAAAAUGUUAUUAUUAAGGCUAUAUUUUGAUGUAUAUUUACAGUUUUGAAUUUUUGAAAGUGUACAUUUUGUAUAUUAGAUUUUGUAAUUUUAUUGUGCUGUCAUGGCUGCCCUUCCAACAAUCAGUUUCAGACUUAUUUAAGAGAACAUCGGCUUCCACAAAUACAGAACAUAAUGGUGUCUAAUGGACAGUUUUGAGAAGUGUUUUCAAGUUUCUCAUGCACAAAGUGACCACAUGAGGCAUCAGUGAACAGUGAAACCUACAAAAAAAACAAACUAUUAACUAUGUAUUGUAAUCAUUCCUAGGUAACAAGACUUGAAGUGUCAUGAAAAAGAUCUAAAACACUGAACUCAGGUAAGAAAUACAAAUAGAACCUUCCCAAAACA